AUCGUGAAGACGCAAACCUGACGCUGAGGGGAUUUUGGCUGCUUUUUCCGACAAUAUGAUAAAGCAGCCUCGCACUUCUUUUGCGAGCUCAGUAUCGAUCGUCUUCUUCUACUUCUCUCAAACAAUCUGCAGAUUUUAGGGCUUUGAAAAAAUGUCUACAGAGAAGGUCAAAAACAAGCGGAUCACUCUCAAGGACUACGUGACAGGGUACCCAAAGGAGGAGGACCUACUUCUCGGCUCCUCCGACCUCGAGCUCAAAGUUCCGACCGGCUCUAAUGCCGUUCUCCUCAAGAAUCUCUACCUCUCUUGCGACCCAUACAUGCGGGGAAAAAUGUCGAAGCCCCUCGUCAAGAGCUACACUGAUGCUUUCACUCCCGGAUCUGUUAUUACUGGUUAUGGUGUAGGUAAAGUUGUGGACUCUGCUCAUCCGAACUUCCAAGCUGGAGAUUUGGUUUGGGGGAUUACUGGAUGGGAAGAAUAUACUCUUAUAAAAGCACCUGAAUUUUUGGUCAAAAUUAAGUACACUGAUGUGCCUCUUUCCUACUAUACAGGAAUUCUAGGAAUGCCCGGGCUUACUGCUUACGUUGGUUUCAAUGUAAUAAGCUCCCCUAAGAAGGGAGAAACAGUAUACGUUUCAGCCGCCUCAGGAGCUGUUGGCCAACUUGUUGGCCAAUUUGCCAAGUUAAUGGGUUGCUACGUGGUUGGAAGUGCAGGCUCUCAGGAGAAGGUCGAUCUCCUUAAGAGCAAGUUUGGAUUUGAUGAAGCAUUUAACUACAAAGAGGAGCAUGAUCUCAAUGCUGCUCUGAAAAGAUAUUUUCCUGAUGGAAUUGACAUUUACUUCGAAAAUGUUGGGGGACCAAUGCUUGAUGCUGUGCUGUUGAACAUGAGAAACCAUGGCCGGAUAGCUGUCUGUGGGAUGAUAUCACAGUACAAUCUCACAGAGAAAGAUAGCGUUCAUAACCUCUUCUUGAUCAUAUCGAAGCGAAUUCGAAUGGAAGGAUUCAUCGAACCAGAUCACAAACACCUGUAUCCUCAGUUCCUGGAGCUCGUCAUCCAGUACAUAAGGGAAGGCAAACUGGUCUAUGUUGAAGACAUUGCUGAAGGAAUUGAGAAUGCUCCUGCUGCUCUCAUCGGCCUCUUCUCCGGCCGCAAUGUCGGCAAGCAGGUCGUCUUGAUUGCUCACGAGUGAUCGAUGCCGAAGUGGCAUGAAUAAAAUCUUCAGUUCCAGUGAUCAUCUUCCUUGAGUAAUGUGGUGAGGGUGGUCAAGUAGUAUGGGAUUUGUGGAUGUUAGAUCUUGUAAGAAUAAGUGUCUUGUUUGCAUGAUAAGGAACUUGCUUGUGUGGACAAACUCAUAAGAAAUGCAGUGGAAUUGUAAGUCUAGUUUUGUGCCUGAA